AUGCCGACGACAAUAUAUAAGUUACUAGGCCAGCGGCUAGGUUUGAAAAAUAUUAUUGACCGUUUCGUCAGUAAAAUAGAAGAAGCGAGCGAUGAAGACGAUGACAUUCAGUUUCAAGCGCUUAUCGAGAAAUUAGAAGAAAAAGUGGCAUGUCUGCUAGUCCACAAUGAUAAAAUUCUCUCGCUCACCGACGCCGACGCUGCGCCAGAGGAGAUAGUCGAGGCAGAAGAGUAUACCUUCGACGUAGAGGUCAAACUACGAAGAUACAAGCAGCGUCUACAGCGGCCUAACAUUGGCAUCACAGACGCCGCCGAUUUAUUAUCGCAUGCAUCCGGUUCCGGUAGUCAGCAGGCAUCCGGUCCACUACCACCAAACAACCAACGCAGGGUGAACACCAAUUCGUCAAACAACAGCGGCCAGUCAGCGCCCGAGAUAAGUACAUCUAGUACUCAUAAAUUGCCAAAAUUAACACUUCCACGAUUUGACGGUGAUAUAUUACAAUGGCAAUCGUUCUGGGAUUCAUUCGAAUCGUCAAUCCAUUGCAAUGUCAACUUGACUGAUGUGCAGAAAUUCAAUUAUUUGAAAGCACAGUUGGAGGGUACAGCCGCUAUGACUAUUGAAGGAUUUGCACUCACGAAUGCAAAUUACACGCGCGCAGUCGAAUUGUUACGUGAAAGGUAUGGUCAACAUUGCAAAAUUGUUCAUGCAACCAUGCAAGCGUUAUUGAAAUUGCCAUCACCAACUUCCACAGUCGCGAGUUUGAGAGGGUUUAACGACCGCAUGGAAACGUAUAUCCGGGGUCUUGAGUCGCUAGGACAACAUCAAGAUAUGUACGGUAGCCUAUUGGUGCCAGUUGUAUUGGAAAUAUUGCCGAUGGAUAUACGUAAAAAUCUCGCCCGCGUAAACGAGAAUAAUGACUGGUUUUUGCAAGAUCUGCGACGAGCGAUUAACAAGGAAAUCAACAUUCUCGAGAUCGGCACCGGAAGUUCCUAUGCGUUGGCGGAAGUUAGCGACUACAACUCAACAGCAUUGUUUCAUGCAAGUGCGAAUGAAUGCAAGUCAAACGGACGCUGUCAAAACUGCCACCGGAAGCAUCACACUUCUAUCUGUAAGGAGCUACAAAGAAAACCGGAAGUUGAAUCGCCGCAACCGGAAGCCGCCGUAUUCUUCUCGUCUACAAAGAGGUCGAACGCAGACGUUAUAUUAAAGACCGCCAUUGCCCCUGUUUCGUCGUCUCACACUACAACGGAUGCCGCCAUAUUAGUCGACGAAGGCGAACAGCGAUCCUUUAUCACCAGAAAGCUUGCUGACGAUCUUCAACUAGAGAGUGAUGGAAUAGAAACACUUAGCCUGACGGGAUUCGGAGGAAGUGACACGUUAUUUGACAUUUCAUUACUCGUUGGAGCUGACCACUAUUGGGAUAUUGUCGAAGAUCAUGUUGUUCGAGGGAACGGGCCGACCGCCGUCAAGUCUAAGAUUGGUUAUUUACUGUCCGGUCCGAUGCCCUCCACGUCUCAUGCGUCAGCUGAUAAGCCCAUCUUGAACGUACUUGCAUCGCGCGCCCCAGAACACAGCAUAUUAGAACGUUUCUGGAGUCUUGAGAACAUGGUGCCUCGGGCACAUGGUGACAUCAUAGCAGAGCAGGAAAGACGUGGCUUCAUCGAGCGGGUUCCACUUGGUCAAGAGUCAGCUGAACAAGUGCACUACAUCCCUCAUCACCCAGUGGAAAAAGAAUCAUCAACGACACCCAUACGCAUCGUCUACGAUUGUAGCUGCCGUCAGUCACGUGAUUCACCAAGCUUGAACGACUGCCUGAAAUCAACGCCACCGGCAUUGAACAAGUUUACGUCGAUUCUUACAAGCGUCACAGGAAUCGAGGCUGUACUUAACGAUCGGCCAUUGACGUAUGCAUCAACAGAUCUAAACGACCCCGCGCAUAUCACGCCGUCGCAGCUGUUAUACGGUCGCCGAGUUACAACGCUGCCACACGAUGACGUCACAUUCGAUGCCGGGAAUACUGUCGCUGCAGCCGAUCAUGUUACAUUUAACCGCAUGGCAAGGCGACGUGAGCUGCUCAUACAACAGUUAUACAGACACUGGAAGACUGAAUACCUUACGUCACUCCGCGAGCACCACCGGGUGUCUGGUUCCAACACGCAGACGAUCAACACCGGGGACGUGGUGCAGAUCCAUGAUGAUGGCCCGAGAUGUCGAUGGAAACUUGCCGUGGUCGUCGAUGUUGUUGCCGAAAGGGACGGGCAUGUUUGCGAGGCGAAAGCGCGAAUCAGUAACGGAUUGUAUACCAUAAGGCCAAUAGCGAAACUUUAUCCACCGGAAGUGAUAAGUGCCAAUCAAAACUGA